CACCUUUCUGUUCCUCUUUUGUCCAUCUGUCAGGGUUAUGCCAGCUUCAGCCCAGUUUGAAGAAAAUGGUGAUAAAUCUCUGCCUGCCACAUUUCAUGACCACAGUCCAUUGCGAUAAGCUGUGCGCAGAUGGCUAUGAUGUCACCAAUCUUGUUUCUGCUGACCCGGCUGUCCGCAGAAGAGGCUUUAAGCUGGAGUACUUCCUUCGUCCACCAGUACAGGUGACGCUGAACUUUGGCUUCCAGGUGGAGCUAUGCCGGGUGGAUGUCGAGCUGUGGCCUUGGGGCAUGGACCUAGGACAGGCCUGCAAGAGGGUGGAGGUCAGCACCUGCCCUGACCCGGUACCUCCACCCUCAGCUCCAAGCCAGGGGCAGACUCAAAAGGGGAGCUCUCAGAAAGCAGGUGUGCGGCACUCUGGUGCAGACCAGACCCCAGCCACCCAACAGCAGGGGGAUCGGCGCACUAAAAAGAAGAGUGGAGCGAGCAAGCCCUCGAUGAAUGCCAGGAAAGAAGCCGACCGUACCGGGGUUCCGCUUCGUCCACCGCAACCCAUAAACGUCAAGAUCAUCACCAUCUCCCCUCAUACCAAUAAUCAUCAGCACCUCCAUCCCCCAGAGCAGGAGUUCAAAAUGGUGGGUCGCACUGAGCUCAGGGAGGAGACCCGGGUCUGCUUCUCCAAUCCGGGGUUCAGGGCCCGGCCCCCCUUCCCGUCCCCGGCCCCCCCGGCGGGCCCCGGGCCCUGCCUGCGGGAGGAGCUGUGGAGCCGGGGGCUGCUGUCGCUGGGCGCGGUCAGGCAGCUCCGCGUGACGCUGCCGUUCGGGGGCUCGGCCUCGGCGCUGGGGCUCAAGGGCCUGGCUCGGUGGGUGCCACGCGGCGCGCUGCUGCCGGGUUGCGGAUGUUGGGAGCGGCUCCGCGGGGCCCAGGAGGCCGGCGAGAGGCCGCCGCCUCGCCCGACGCUCUUCGCGGCCUCGAGCGACGAGACGACGCGGCCGCUGCCCUCCCCCUCCCUGCCGGAGGAGUUCCUCGACCCCCUGACCCAGGAGUUCAUGACCCUGCCGCUGCUGCUCCCCAGCGGGGUGUCUGUGGACCACACCACCUUAGAGGAGUUCCAGAAGAGGGAGGCCACCUGGGGGAGACCCCAAGAACCCUUCACCGGGGUGCCCUUCACUGCGGCAAUCGUCAAAAGCCUCUCCCCAAUUCCCCACCUGAAAGGCCCCUUACGCUUCCUCCUCCAGACGGGGGCCGCCUUAGGAGGGAAGACACUCGACCUCGGUACAGACAACUCCAUUGAUGCUGGAAGUCAUGGUAACGGGAAGAGACUGUUGCAGAUCACGGACAAUGAAUCUGAUGAAGGAAAGGCUGAGCAUGAAAAAGAUGCUUUGAACGCUCAGACUAAAUGGUCAUCAGACGGUGCUUGUGUGUCCCUGGCUGUUCGUAAAGAUAACCACAUGGCUUUCAGUGACAAACUUCCAGCAUCUUCGUCAUCAUCACCGCUGAAUAUGUCAGUCAGGUCUGAAUUGGAGCCAAAACCAAAAAGAAAGAGAACCGAUAGCAAUUCCACUCCCAGCAGCUGCUCCCAUGAGGAACGUCUGUCCUCCAGUCUGGAUGAGGCCCUACUAACUGUGCUGCAGGGCCGACCUUCCUUCGCCUCCAAGCCCACCACACACACUUUGCAGAGACCCCACCCUGCCGACGAAGUGCCACCCGAUUCCUCCAAGCACACCCACGGAACAGCUACUGCAGCACCUGUGUUAACCGAUGAGAAGCAGUGUUCAGCUUGUUCCGGAUCCCUCUCCCUAUACUCCUCUUCCUCGCUGGCCGUCUACCGCCUCUCCUGCGGUCACCUGUUGUGCCGCACCUGUCUGCAAGGGAGAUGUAGACCACCGAACCCUGCCAACGCAUCAGCCAAUCCCAGUAUGGUAUCGUGCCCCACAUGCCGACGCCCCACCCCCAGCGGCGAGAUAACACGUGUGCACCACUGACGCAUCGGACCACGCGUCGCGCCGAAGGACGGACACCGCCGCCCGCGUUGGUUGGCGAGGCUGAUCAGAACCUCCUGAGGUCGGAGAUACAAAAGGACGGAUAAACCGCUCUGCGCUGGAGGCCUUGUUGGAAUCACUUUUUUUUGUGCAAUGCUGGUCCGAGUGACGUCUGGACUGUUGCAUUUAUGGUGCUAUUUAACAGGGUUGGGGGUUGAAUUAAAGGCACGUGUUACGGCAAUUGACCCCCUGUUUGAUUUAUUAAAAGCCUUUGAGUGAGACCACCAUCCAUUCUGGAAACUAAAUUUAGUUUCCAAUGUAUUCUUGACGCUAGUCGAUGCCAGGCUAAAUUUGUAUCAAUUAAUGCAAUGCAUCAAUGUCUAUUGAUGCACCAUAAAUUCUUUGAUGGCUUUUUUGACCACGUGUAUCUAUCUUUUUUCCUCUUCCUGUCAAUGUUCCCUAUGACGGUCUAUUGAAAGAAAAUCGUACAUGUGUGACAACUCCAACCAGAAAAAAAGCAAGGCGCUAAGAAUAUAAUUCUGUCACAUGAAAGAAAAAUCGUAGUCACCUCCCCACCCUCCCCUUGUUGCCACACCGAGAGUGCAUUUGUGAGCCGGGUUUGCAGCCUUGUGUUGGCCAGUGCUGACAAAGAGCUGAAAAUGUGUUAAGAUGGAACAAAUGUCAGUGACGACGAGCGCCAGGAGAAAUUAAUGAAAACCAGAGGGAGUUUGUGUGGUUACAAGGUUGCUGUAAGGGGGCUUCACUGAAGUCUGACCCCAGCGACAUUGGUUUAGAUGACCUUGUGCUUUGUAUAUUGUUUAUCACACCGGUUUCUCUUUUUUCUCCGAAGAUGUGUCUUUUCUCAGAGGCAGUGUGGACUUAAAAUGGAUCAACGGUUCGAAGCAGACUGCAAUAUCUUUACAAAUAAAUAAACCUAAGUCUAAGAUAUAAUUGUAGAAUAAGGUUAUUUUUCUGCAACUGCUUUAUAUUAGGUCCGAAUCGCUUUUUGUCUGAAUAGACCUUUCGAGGCCCCUAUUUUGUUCUUUCCUCACUGAUUUCAUUCUCUCCAUUGUCAACCUAAAAUAACCUUAUUUCGGGGUCAGGUCAUAGUUACAUUAGAAUAGCAUGAUGGGGACAAAAGAAGUGGACAAGCAUUUCUUAGCCUUCACGCUCACAAACAGUACACAAGUUCU